AUGGUGCAGUUGUCUACUUCACCUACCCUGGAUUCCACUCCUCCUAAGCACUCGGUAAAAGGAGUGGGAAGACUGGAAGGCCGAGAAGAGCCUGGCGACGGGCCCAACACCCAGCAGCUCUGCCUGGAGGUCUCCACCGUCUACGAUGGCUAUGAGUCCUACAUUGAGGAUGGCCUCAUCUGCCUGAAGCACAAAGUGCGCAACUUGGAGAAAAAGAAGCUAAAACUGGAAGACUAUAAGAAGAGGAUGAGCCGUGGUGAAACCCUUAACAGAGAUCAGCUGGUGGCUGUGGAGAAGUAUGACGAGGUGCUGCACAAUAUUACCUUUGCUCGAGAGUUGCACAAAACCCUGGAUGGCUUGACUCAAACCCUGCUGAGAGCCCAGAAGCAGGCGGUGAAGCGGGAGCAGAUGGCCAAGCAGGAGAUGGAGAGGAGACGCCUGACUACAGUGUUGCAGGUGCAGCAGCUUCUGGGCACGCUGCAGCAGGACUCCGUCCAGAGCGACCUGUUAUCUGGUCGCAACCAGGCCCCUUACGUCCCAGCCCACACGCUGCACAGCCUGAACCAGCUGGCCGCCCUGCUUGGUGCUAAGAGGGAUGACACACUGAGCUUCCAGCAGAUGGAGCAGGCGGCGCUGGUGUACUUGGACCUUUUGGAGGGGAAAGACCAGCCAGUGGCAGGAUCAUCAUUUAAACUGUUGAAAGAAGAGCUCACCAGGCUGUUGGACUGCAAGUAUUUCAAUUAUCUUCCAUCUCCAGUGGAACGUUCUCCUGACGUGGUGCGGAGUUCAGCUGGCCACAGCAGUGUCCUGAAGUCAAAACCAAAUGAACUUUGCAAAGAGUAUUUCAAUAGGCUGCAAAAGACUCAGGUAGACACUGCUCCUGCAAAAAAAUGGCAGGCGUACUCUAAAACCCUGAGGGAUUGUGAGCCCCCAGACUCCUGGGACAUGGACUACUCAGAUGAACUCAUAUCACCUCAGGAGCCAGCCCACAAAUCAUGGAAGGGAGCUGCUACUUUCAUCCCCAAAGGUGUACUGGUCAAGAAGCUGCCUGCUGACUACAAACAGAGAAAAGCAAGGAAAACCAAAGCAGAACAAAAUAUCAUGUCGACAUUUGACGUGGAUUUGCCCAUGGAGGUCUUCAGCUCACCAUGUGCUUUUCCCAAAGACCCCAUCCUUAGAAAGCAACACCUCGAGGACCUCAUGACAAAGAUCCAUGGCUCCUUCAGCUUCAUGCAGGACUCUCUACUGGAUUGUGACAGCUCUCCUUCUAAUGGCCACCACAGACUGAAGAGACAACCUUCUGGAUCUCCGUCUACACUAGUUCAGCCCAUUAUGAGGAGCCCAAUGGAAGUCCCGGCCAAGCCAAUUCAUUCCACCCCCCUGCCUGCCAGGCUUUUGGAGCACAAGGGCAAUUUUGCCAGUGGAGAUGAGGGUCAAGGAAUAUGUGACCUUGAACUUCUUCAGCAAGACCUACCUCAUGAACCUCUACAGUUGUCUGCAAGGAAGACAUUCUGUUCACCCCCACUCUACCGCAGGGAGUCGAACAUCUCAAUAAACCUGGGCAAGAGCCAUCUCAAGACGCCAGUCACUGAAUUGGAGAAGCUGUCCCCAUGUAAUGGAGUGGAAUCCUGCUCCUCCACACCACCACAGGCGCAGACUUUUUCGACACCACCCUCCAGGAGAUCUCUGACUUCUACGCAGUUUCAAACAAUUCAGUCUGUAAGUUGCUUUUGUCUCUCAUCUUUGUUCUGCCAUAAUAACAAACCUACCUCUGUGUUCUCUGAGCCAAAAAACACUGUUGGUACUCAAACACCACCUGAGUUUGCACCAUUAGAAGAUGAGCCACAGUUCGCGUACCGGUCAGAUUGUGUAGAAGGUAAUAGUGGACAGAUCCUCCUUUCACUUGGCCAGUCGAGUGGAAGUGGAAGUCGAUCGGGUCAGCCCUACAUGAGAGGAACUGUGAGAGGUAUGGCACCUGGUGGCAAGGGACUUGCACAAACGUUUUGCUCCUCUGAUUGGCACCAAGGCGUAUCCUAUAUGCCACAGACUCUCAGGGAUGCUGGGCCUCUCCUUUAUCCUGAAAGAGACCAGGGGUACCAACAUGGCUACAGACGAGGAGGGAGACAUCAUUCUGUUGCUAACUGGAAUGACUCUUCCCAAAUGGGCAGCCCAGACCAGGAGGGAGUCUUCACAAUGUUGGACUCUGGCCUUGGGGAUUCCAUGUCUGUCUCAACUCUGGAAGUUCCACUCACUCCCCAUAGCCACAGUGAACAUGCAAACCUGAUUCCCAUGCAGUUAUAUCCUCUUUCACAGCCCAUGCGUGUGGCCUUUACUGCCUCUCGGACAGCCAACUUUGCCCCAGGUAACCUUGACCAGCCUAUUGUCUUUGAUCAGCUGCACAGCAACCAAGGGGACAUGUAUGAUGCGCACAUCGGUCGCUUCACCUGCCCAGUGAAUGGAACCUAUGUUUUCAUCUUUCAUAUCCUGAAGCUGGCCAUCAAUGUGCCGCUCUACAUCAACCUAAUGCGUAAUGAGGAAGUUAUGGUGUCGGCAUAUGCAAAUGAUGGAGCCCCUGAUCAUGAGACCGCUAGCAACCAUGCCAUCCUACCUCUUUUUCAAGGAGAUCAGGUGUGGCUCAGGUUGCAUCGUGGUGCCAUUUAUGGCAGCACCUGGAAGUACAGUACUUUCUCUGGUUUCCUGCUAUACCAGGACUGAACCAUUCUCUUCUCCCAGUGUGGACUGUUUGCUUAGCACUAAAUGGUGACUCAAUUCUGAUAUCAACUUUGUGGUGAGGUGUCAUGCCAAUGCCUUUUAAAGCACUGAGAUUCAUUUGCAACAUAAAGCUUUAUCAAUAGCCAAAUG